AUUAUUAUUAACGGAUUUAAUCAAACAUAUUAUUAUAACCACUUUUUUCUCCAUUUUUCAGAACCAAACCCUUAACACUCUGUCUCCGUGAAUCUAAAAUCUACCUUUGGGUCUGUCGGGUGUGUGAGGAACCGGUGAGCGAGCGAGCUAGCGCCGAAAAAAUGGAAGAUGCUGAAACGAAAGAAAGAAUCGAAGAAACAGUUCUGAAGAUCUUACAAGAAUCAAACAUGGAUGAAGUCACUGAAUCCAAGAUUCGUAAGCAAGCCUCCAACGAACUCGACCUCAACCUAUCUCAGCCUCCUUUCAAAGCCUUAGUCAAGCAAAUAAUCGAAGCUUUUCUCAAACAGAAGCAGCAACAGCAAGAGGAAGAGGAAGAAGAAAAGGAGGAAGAAGAAAAACAAAAGCUCAAACAAGUGGGAGUUUCCAGCAGAAACAACAAUGUCUAUGAUGAUUCCGGCGAUCUCGUUAUCUGCGAGCUUGGAAAAAAGAGAAAAGUGACAAUUCAGGAUUUCAAAGGGAGAACUUUUGUCUCCAUUAGGGAGUUUUAUUCCAAGGAUGGCAAGGAACUUCCUUCUUCUAAAGGAAUAAGUUUGACUGGGGAGCAGUGGUCAACCUUUAAGAAGAGUGUGCCAGCCAUAGAAAAAGCCAUUCAGAAAAUGGAAUCGUGUGUAUAAGAAUGUGAAGAUUUAAGUUUACAGAUCGAAGUAUUCAUCUCAUUAUCCAGUGAUCGAGCAAACCACAUUUUUCAUCGUCUCAACUCUUAUUUGGACGUGGCUUUGUUUUUAUUUUUUCGGUUUGUAAUCUGAAUAUUCUGCAUCAUGGUGUCCUUUUGAUACCGGACCAUUUUGGCUAGGACUUGAAAUCACCGUGAAUCCUGUUUUGUUCAGUGUAUUGCAUCUGGAAAACAACUACUUUAGAAGACUUUAGAGAAGGUGAAAUGAAUGCCCUAUUAGAUACAGUAAUCUGGUAUUUCCUUCCA